AUGGACGGGCUGCGGCUGCCCCCCGUCCUGGAGGAGGUCCUGGAGGAGGUCCUGGAUCCGUCCGACGAGCGGUCGGAGAUGAAGACCAUCACGUUGACAGGAACUCCGCCGGCCGAAGAGACGGAGGAAGAGGAGGAAGAGAGGGAGGAAGAGGAAGAGGAAGAGGAGUACCUGAGAGGCCAGGUGCUGCAGCUGCUGCUCCAGCUGGACGAGACCAGAGAGGUUUCCCAAAGACACGUAGACGAUCUCCUGGAGAUGCAGGGUCUGCUGGAGGACGAGCGGCUGGCGAGCGCCCACCAGGCCGAGACCUUCACCAGACAGAUCCAGGUUCUGCAAGCGGCGCUGCGGGCGCUGCAGGAGGACAUGGACGCGCUGCAGGACGAGAAGGACCGCGAGCUGCAGGAGGUGCAGGAGGACCUGCAGGAGGCCCAGGAGGAGGUGCUGCUGCUGCAGGCGGCGGGCGAGGAGGCGGCGGCCGAGCGGGAGAACGACAUCGCCGAGCUGCAGGAGGAGCUGCAGCGUCUCCACGCCGCGCUGCAGCGUCUCCACGGCACCACGCCGGAGGACGAGCUGCAGCGUCUCCACGCCGCCACGCCGGAGGACAAGCUGCAGCGUCUGCAGGACGAGCUAAGUUCCAGCACACUGAGAGACAAGGACCGCGAGGAGAGACACAAGACAG